AUGCCAGCUUUAACUUUGACCACAGCAGAUUCCUUCAUACCCCCAGAUGUUAAUAACCCUCCAUUCUAUAUUCCGCUCAAGAAUAUCGAUGCUAGAUAUAACGUAAUUCAGGAAUUGGGGAAAGGAUCCUUCGGAUCUGUGACAUUGGCCGAGACAAUGUACGAUAUGAACAGUUCAGCCACCCAAAUUUCCUCAAUGUACCCAGAAACUUUGAUGGAUCAAACUCUUAUCAGAAACGUCGAACAAGAAAACUGGUACUAUAAGAAAAAGGGUAUAGUGGCAAUCAAAACAAUGAUGAAUAGAUUACCAACAUUGCAUGACUAUACAAGAGUCAGAGAGAUCAAAUUCAUAUUGCAAAUUCCUGCACACAAAAAUUUGGUUACCAUAUACGAGAUGUUCAUUGAUGAUUCUUUGUAUCACCUUCACAUUGUAAUGGAAUGCAUGGAGCAGAACAUUUAUCAAUUGAUGAAACAUAGGAAAAGAAGAGUGUUUUCCCUACCUACUUUGAGGUCGAUAUUAUUCCAAAUAUUAGCAGGAAUUAAACAUAUUCAUGAUCACGAUUUUUUCCAUAGAGAUAUCAAACCGGAGAAUAUCUUGAUAUCGCCAUCUCAUAGGUACUUCAGCAAGAAAUGGUUGGAAGAUGAUAAUUAUUCGGAUAAUUACGUGGUGAAAUUGGCUGAUUACGGUUUGGCAAGACAUGUGAAUAACAGAUCACCUUAUACCACCUAUGUGUCGACCCGUUGGUAUAGGUCACCAGAAAUUCUUCUUAGAAAAGGAUACUAUUCCAAACCGUUGGAUAUUUGGGCGUAUGGUUGUGUUGUUGUCGAACUAGCCACCUUUUCACCACUAUUUCCCGGUUCUGACGAAACCGAUCAAAUAUGGAGGAUUCUAGAUUUAUUGGGCUCCCCAGAUCAUUCUAUCAAUGGAAAGGAGCACUUUGGGGGUUCAUGGCUGGAUUCAAAACCAUUAUACCAAGCUUUGAACUAUGAAUUCCCAUACGUAGAAGGGAAAACGAUAAGGGAUGUUCUACCAAACCCACAAUUGGAAGAUCUAUAUGAUGUGGUUACAUCUUGCCUAAAGUGGAAUCCAAGUGAAAGGGCUACUGCAAACGAAAUAUGUGCAUUGCCAUACUUCAAGGAAUACGUGAUGAGAGAAGCAUCUUUGGCAAAGACAAAUAACGGAACCGCAUCCAAAAAUAAGGAUAAUACAGCUUUGGCAAAUAAACUUGCAGCAAAUCCAUCAAUAUCAAACCAAUGGAGUCGUAUUCUUUCUGGACUACCACAUAACCCGGAAUUGGGCAUUGUUCCUAGUUUUAACUCUCCACAGAAGUUACCAAAGGUUCAAAAGAACAAUCAAAUGAAUUGUGUAACAGAUAAAAGCCAACAGCAACCGCGAAGAGGAGGAGUUGCCUCAUGGUUCAAAUUUUCCACGCAGAAAAACCACGUUAACAUCAAUCCAAAUACAAACAAUGAUGAGAAAAUCCUUACUAGUGUUAACACGAAUACAAAUAGCCAGAAGAAUCAAGGAAUUGUAGAAAAAAAACAGCAGGAACAACAGGUAAAUGCUCACAACGAGAGGCUAGAUAGCUCUACAAACGCUAAUGGUAACAGUAUUCCUGAUAUAAAUCUCAUAGGACAUGCCAACAAUGAUAAUGAGGUAUUCACUAUUGAGCUGGAUGAUAGCAUGGAGACUAUGACAGGAUCUGAUCAAAUUUCUAAGGAAUUAAAUGACAAAAUAGAGCUUUAUCAAGACACCACAAAUCAGAUGAACCCACCAACUCUGGAUGUUGAUGACGAUGACGAUGAACAUGAUUCGAUUGACAUGGACCAUGAGAAUUAUAGGAUUCAGGUGUUGGACGAAUUUGAUACUGAUGAGAACUUGGAACAUGAAAUUAGAGCGACCGACAAAGAUGAAAACAAUGAAGUUGCCGUUGAUAAGAUGAAGAUCUCCAAUCAAGGAGAAGACGAAGAUGAUGCAGAUAGUCUUCUAAACUAUUAUCAGGAUAUGAUGGCUAAGAAAUUACCACUUAACAAAAACAAAGGUAAUUACAUGCAUUCGAAUGGACCAGCGGGUCCUACACUAUCAGAUCAAAUGGCAAUAGACGAUUCACUUGAUCUACAAGAACAGAUCCCAAGAAAUCUGCUGGAGAGGGCAGUACAGCAAAGAGUUUUAGAUUGUCUUUUAGAUCCAUCGGAACAUGCAUCUCAAAACCUGAUUCAAACCUCUAACUCCCACAAUCAUACAUUCCAAGAUGGAUUAAGUUUCUGA